AUGGCCCCGCCGCUGACAGAUCUCUCUUCGACAAACAGAAACUCCCGCACGCGGGGGCCAUUCCGGCCGCGAGCAGCGAAUAAAGGCAGCGGAAGUUACCAGCUUCGACAGUUUGCGGAGGCGACGUUGGGCAGCGGGAGUCUUCGAAAGGCCGUCAAACUUCCUGACGGAGAGGAUGUGAACGAAUGGUUAGCCGUUAACUUGGUCGAUUUUUAUAACCAGAUCAACCUGCUGUAUGGGUCAAUCACGGAGUUUUGCUCGCCGCAAACAUGUCCUGAGAUGAAGGCCACGGAUGAAUUUGAGUACCUAUGGCAGGAUAACGAGAACUUCAAGCGUCCUACGAAGAUGUCUGCACCUGAAUAUGUAGAACAUCUCAUGACUUGGGUACAGGCAAACAUUGACAAUGAGCAGAUGUUCCCCAGCCAUAUAGGUAUGAGCUCAACUGAACCGAUAUUCCUUGUGAUAAUCGAGGACGAGUUUGAGACUAAAGUUGACGAUAAUCAUUCUAGGGGUGCCUUUCCCAAAAACAUUCCCUUCUCUGCUGAGACAGCUGUUCAAACGCAUGUACCGUUCGUCGUUCAUCUUGGGUUAGAACCGCACCUGAACACCAGCUUCAAGCAUUAUGUGCUGUUUAUCGAGGAGCACAACCUGGCCAGCGGGAAGGAUUUCUGGGGACCUCUGGGCGAUCUGGUUGACAGUAUGCUCAAAAGUGACUAA